UAACAGCUGUUUAAAAAUUUUGGGAAAAUAGCGAACCGUGCAUGAGUUUCAUUUCGAAUUGAAUAAUUCGACAAGUAACAAUGAAUAAUCCUUAUGAAAAUUCUUCUCAUCAAAAUCGUGACGGUCAUUUUGAUCGAAUUAAUGAUCCUUAUGGAACGUCUCAAAAUCUUGGAAUGCAACCGAAUGUACAACCACCUGAUCAAUAUCAACAACAGCAACAAUUUAUUCAACAAAGACCUUUGGGUCCUAAAAAUAAUCAAAUGAUUGCAAAAAAUUAUAAUGAUUUUCUUGAACGCCAAGGAGUACCUGCCAUAUCGCCUGAGGAUAUAAAAAUUCUUCGCGAAUGUAGCCGUGAAAGUUUAGUGUAUCGAUGUUUUCCGAUUACAGCUGCCCUUUGUACAGCUUUGAUGUACACUGCACGUACCAGACAAAUUCAGCCACGAUUCUAUCAUUAUCUUGGUACUAUUUUUUUCGGUUAUUUUGCUGGUAAACUUAGCUACCGAUCGGUUUGUGAAGAUAAAUUGAUCAAAUCAAAUUCAAAUUCACCUUUCGUACAAUCGAUUCGAAAACGUAAAGGAAUAUUUGUUGAAGAAUUUGAUCCAAAUAUGCCUCAAGCAUUUGAAUCAUCAUCAGCUCAACCAUCAACUUCAUUUGGAAAACCAUAUGCUGGUAAUAUUGGCAGUAGCACUGGUAUCCGAGAAUUCGAUGAUCAUGAUUCAUCGUUCAAUCGAAGCAAAGAUUCAUACAUUCAUGAUCCAUUUCAUGAUCAAAAAUCAUCGGAUUUUUCAACAGAUAUUGGCGAUGAUAACAGUAGUAGCGGUGGUAAUACCAGUUAUGAAAAUCUACGAGCACGAAAUCGAUCCGCAUUCAAAAAUAUGUGAGAUAAAAAGAUAAUAUCUCAAUGAGAAACGAUGAACGUAAAUCAAGUUAUAGCGUAUCUUUUUUUCUAUGUCGUGUAUAGUUGAAU